AGGGUGAGUGGCAGGGAAGGGUGAGUGGCAGGGAAGGGUGAGUGGCAGGGAAGGGUGAGUGGCAGAGAAGGAUGAGUGGCAGAGAAGGGUGAGUGGCAGGGAAGGGUGAGUGGCAGGGAAGGGUGAGUGGCAGAGAAGGAUGAGUGGCAGAGAAGGGUGAGUGGCAGGGAAGGGUGAAGUUCCAUGAAGGGUGGUCCCUGUACCCUGGCGGAGUCGUAGCAUCCACGACCACUCGUGUGUCCCAUGCAACCUGUCGCCUCAGUCAUGCUGGGGUUGCGAGCGUGUUGCAGCAAGCUAGUAGACUCUCACAUUCCGCCAAAACAUGGGUAGGAGGCAACAUGAAGGUGCUAGUCACUGAGGUAUAUAUACAAGUGGAAGGCUACCGUGUGUAUCACUGAAAGCAGCGAUCAGCUCCCAGUAGUGAGCAGCUCUCUCACGAAGGCAUCCAGGACGUGCCCAAGGCUGGGUACUGGAACAUGUAUCACAUGCCUGGGUAUACAGGACAUGUGAUGGGUCUGAGGAGCGACUGUGGGCGCAGCACCAGUACACUUGCCGCCCACAACAAGCUGCUUGCUCCACCCAUACCUCACCCCACUGCAUGUCUUCCCUUGGACGAUCUCACCGCUCUGAGCUUAUGGGAGGAGGGAAUCCGGACCCACUACCAGGGUCUGCCUGUACCCAUACUCCGGAGUCGCCUGGACCACGCACCCACACCCACCACACUCCUGCUGGCCGCCAACGCUAACCCCAUUACCACGCCCACACCAUGUUACUGGUCACCAUGAUCACACCUACGUCUUCUCAGUAGUUACUGUAACAACACCCACACCUUAAUUGUCACCAUGGCCACGCCCACGCACAAUCCCACGCCCAAACCAUAAUGGUCCCCACGCCACAUUAUUGAGCAUACUGACAACUGCAUUAACUUUGCUCCUCUGAAUGUUACAACGCAAUGAUAUUUCGGCUUGAAGUUUGUAAUAUAAUGCAAAGCUAUAAAUUAUUUUACCAUGACUUGCUCAUUCAUAGUUUUUAUAUUAUGUGCAUAAUAUAAGUCUGUCCAUACCUAUAAACACUGACCAAAGGCACAAAAUAACUUACAUAGAAAAGGAGAUAAGAAAAGUAAAAUAUAUUUCAGCUCCACACUUAGGCCAUUAACAGACUGAAAAAAAUGUACAUAGCAUAAAGUUUUUAUACAGAGGCAAGUAACAUGAAGUAAUGACAUGACUGUAAGCCAGGUGCAGGAAGUAAGUCGAUUAUUAUUAUUAUUAUAAAAAAAGAAGCGCUAAACCACAAGGGCUAUACAGCAGGAAGUAAGUCGAGUGCUGGAAGAAGUGACUUCGAUACACAGGCAGUUAUAUUAUCGUAUGCAUAGGGUUUUACACCUAUACAUACAAUUUGUUUUACUGUAUACAUAAUAAAAGCAGCUUUCUAGUCAGUUUUAUGGUUAUGGUUCGUAAUAUACUAGGAAAUUGUUUAACUGGUUUAUACACAGCAAACAGACCUCUUAUGUUCUGUUACUCUUGUAAUUAAACGUCAUUUUGUUCACUGUAUGACUGGUUGCAGGAUUUCCAAGUAAUUUCAAAUACACAUGUACAACAACGGUAGUUUAUUUUUCAAACCGCUAGUAACGAUUACCCAUGUUUCUAGGGCAAUGAGGUACAAGCAAUGUGAGUAGGUAAUA